GAAGAUGAAAGAAUAAAUUCUCUAUCUUAUCGGAGCUUGGCUUCACUAGCGGUGGGGGGGGUUUAUUUAAUAUGAGGGGCAAGAAGCUACCUGGUAUGUACCAAGGUAGACAAGCGUCAUCUAGCCUCCGUUAUAGCAAUGACUUGGAUUGCGACACCACUUACUCUGCACACCACACCAUCUUGCAUAUAAUCCUCUUUCCCCAACAUCCUGCAGGAGUAACAGUCGCAGGAUCAGUAACCAUGGCCACAACCGUCAUCCUAGGCACAGGCAUCAUCGGCACAUCGACAGCAUACUACCUCUCCAAGCACCAGCCCGCAUCCAGCAUCCACCUCGUCGAGCCGUCCCCUGAACUCUUCGCCUCUGCCUCCGGGUUCGCAGGUGGGUUCCUGGCUAAAGACUGGUUCUCUCCCGCCUCCGCCGAGCUGGGCGCCCUUAGCUUCGAGGAACACCGCAAGCUUGCCGAGAAAGAGGACGGGAGGAAUAGAUGGGGGUACGCAGCUAGCACGUCCGUCAGCUUGUCCCCGCCCACGGAUAAGAAGAGGGUCGAUGUUUGGUGCCGCGUAGGCGCGAGCCGUGCUGAGGCUGCCAGCGGGGCGACGACGGCGGGGGUGGCGCCUGAGUGGUUGGAUGGGAAGGGACUGGUGGUCGAGGUUAUUAGUGAUGAGGGGACCGCGGCGCAAGUAGAUCCGUUGCAGUUAUCGCAAUUCUUACUCCAGAAGUGUCUCGACGCGGGCGUGCGGCUGCACCACCCCGCCAAGGCGAUCUCUAUCCAGACAGACGUGCGGAACGAAGUCUCGAGCAUAUGUAUUGCGGACACGCAGUCUAGCACCGAGACGGACAUCCCGUGCACGAAUAUCGUGAUCGCGGCUGGCGCGUGGUCGCCUCAGGUCUUCGCCACGCUGUUCCCGACUUCGGGGUUCAAGCUGCCCGUUACGAGUCUUGCGGGGCAUUCACUCGUGGUGAAAUCGCCGAAGUGGACGAAGGAGCACGAGGACCAGGGUUGCCACGCCGUCUUCAUGGAGAGCCAGCCUGGGUAUUGCCCUGAGAUUUUCUCGAGGGUAGGCGGGCAUAUCUACGUCGCGGGAUUGAAUUCGGCGACGGAGCCACUCCCUGCGCUGGCUACUGAUUCGAAGAGCAAUAUCUCAAGACCCGCUAUCGAGAAGUUGCGCGAGACGGCUAAGAAGGUGCUCGGAGAAGACGAAGUGGAGGUGGUGAGGGAAGCUUUGUGUUUCCGCCCGGCGACCGAUCGGGGUACCCCGAUCCUGGGUCGUAUCCCGGAUAGCUGUCUUGGACCCGCUACGAACACGAGACCUAGCCCCGAGGGGGGAGUGUAUCUUGCGGCUGGGCAUGGGCCGUGGGGCAUCAGUAUGAGUCUUGGGACGGGAAAGGUCAUGGCUGAGAUGAUUCAGGGGAGGGGGUUGAGCGCCGAUGUGUCUGGGCUGGGGCUAGAUGUCUGAUCGGGAGACCGCGCCAUCGAGGUGUUUUGGACCCUUUUUAUCGUGGAAUGAUCUCGAUGCUGGAUAUUUAUCAGCCCUGGGAGAAUUCCGUGUUCGAGAUACGCCUGGUUGUUGAUAGCGUGUAGCCAUAAUGUCUUUAGCUGGUUUGCUAGCUUAUGACAUAUUUACCCCUACUACACAUUCACUGAAAGUAUAGGUACGCAAGGAUCUAAUAUUUUUUUUCAACUUGGAGAAAAAAAGGAGUAAGAAAAAUUCCAUUAUUCAAUCCUUCGUCAAUAGACUAGUCUAUCAUAAAAUAGAUACACCCGUAUCACAAACAAAAUCCUCAUUGAAUUACCC